AUGAAGUUCAGGAACGCAGCCCACUUGACUGCUGGGGCCAGACAUUCAAAGGGCGACCCAUGUGUGGACUGCAUAUGCCCACUGACUUCAGCUAGGCAGCUAGAGAGCGUAGGGGUUAGGCCAUGCUCUCUGGCUUCAGCAAAGCAGUGGAGUAGUGUCCUGACCACUGGCCCCAUGCUGGUCUUAAAGGAAGGUGCCACCUCUGAGCUCUCCCACCUGCAAAAUGGCGUCUGUCAGUGCCUCCAUCUCUGGGGAGAGUUUCAAAUAUCCCCUGACCCUCUAGCAGGUGGAAAAGCAGUUCACCCCGUUUCCAGAUCUUUUUCAGAAGAAAAUGUUCCAUAUAUCGCCAUAGUUCUGGUAUGUCUAAGGGAGGCGAGUUCAGGGUCUUCCUAUACUGCUGUCUUGCGGAAGUCCAUGGAGAAACCCCCGGUCUGGCGGAUGUCUCUAAAGGCCCAGAGGGCACCUGAGGGUGGGAAAGACAGGACGGUGGACAAGGUUAGUUCAGGGGCCAGCUCUGGAAUAUACCAGGGCCAUUUCUGGGAGAGCCUGAGUGUUAGGAACUACAGUUCCCCCACGUCUCUAUCCUGUAAGGGCUAUAGUCUAUAUCAUCAGAAACUACAAGAAUCAAAGGUGUGCUACCUGUCCUCCAGUGCCUACCACAGUGCCGGGCAUACAGAUGGCAUGGCCCACAUAGAUGCUGACCGAACAGAUGAAUGGCUCUACAAAGUCUCAUGCUGCUAUGAUAUGACUUGGGGCGGCUUCAGAAAGCCAGCUGCAGUACUCUCAGUAUUAAUACUACAGAAAAUGCAUAAGAACCUUCUUCACACAGGAUACCGAAAUAAUGCUCGUGAACAAAGACUCAGAGAUGAGCUAGGUCUGCAGAGGAUGCUGAGAGUUUGCGGAAGUCCUGUGAGCAUAGAGGACAAGGAGCGAAGAGGGGAAAACAAAGAUGGGGAAAUAAGACUGGGAAGAUCCCUAGCACAACACAGACGAGAAGUUGUGGAAGAGACAGUGAGCCAGAGGAGAGGCCUGGACGCCUAUUCCUAUCAGAGAUAUCACCCCAUGGAGGAGAUCUAUCAGUGGAUGAUCCAGAUAAGUGAGAAGUACGCAGAAGUCGUGACACAGCAUUUCUUGGGAAUGACCUAUGAGACCCGGCCCAUGUAUUAUUUGAAGAUCAGCCAACCAUCCAAUAAUCCCAAGAAGAUCAUUUGGAUGGACUGUGGAAUUCAUGCCAGGGAAUGGAUUGCCCCAGCUUUUUGCCAAUGGUUUGUGAAAGAAAUUCUACAAAACUAUAAAGACGACUCAAGGAUAAAAAAGUUGCUUAGAAACCUGGACUUUUAUGUGCUUCCCAUUCUGAACAUAGAUGGUUAUAUCUACACUUGGACAACUGAUCGGCUUUGGAGGAAAUCCCGUUCAUCACACAAUAAUGGCACAUGUUUUGGGACAGAUCUCAAUCGAAAUUUCAAUGUAUCGUGGUGCAGCAUCGGCGCAUCUAGAAACUGCCAAGAUAUAACGUUCUGCGGGACAGGACCGGUAUCGGAACCGGAGACAAAAGCUGUCUCCAGCUUAAUAGAGAGCAAGAAGGACAACAUCGUGUGCUUCCUGACCAUGCACUCUUUUGGGCAGCUCAUUCUCACUCCUUAUGGCUACACUAAAAAUAAGUCCAGUAACCACGAGGAGCUGAUCCAAGUUGGACAGAAGGCAGCAAAUGCAUUGAAAGAAAAGCAUGGAACCAAUUAUAGAGUUGGAUCGAGUGCAGAUAUUUUAUAUGCCACAUCCGGGUCUUCAAGAGACUGGGCUCGGGACAUUGGGAUCCCCUUCUCAUACACGUUUGAGCUGCGGGACAAUGGUACAUACGGAUUUGUUCUGCCAGAAGGACAGAUUCAGGCCACCUGCGAGGAGAGCAUGGCAGCUAUACUCUCGGUCCUGGAUGACGUCUAUGAGAAAUACUGGGGCACGGACAGUGCUGGAAAGGCAGCAUCUUCCGCCGUGGUGCUGGGCCUGCUAGUCUCCUUCAUGUCUCUUCUCUGA